GCUUGACUGGCGGGUAGUCGGUUUGGCUUGGCUUGAAUAUUCUUGUCUUAUUCGGAGCGCUGGUUCAGACCGGCUUACUGGACACAACCUCCAUCCCGGAUCGACAGUCGACACCAUGAGCAGCUCAAGCCGGCGACUCAAUGGCGGCGGCGCCAGCAGCUCCUCCUCCCCAACGCGCCCUCCGCGAUCCGACAAGCCCUUUCCACCAACUCCGCGCAUCGCCCCAGCCCCCGUCUUCCCCCCGACGCCGCCGCCGCUGCACAUCACGAUCCGCUUCAGCACCUCCCUUCCCGACCUGCACCUCGACAUCCCCUCGCCGCACGAGACCACCGUCAUCGCGCUUAAGCACCUCAUCCGCGGCCGCCUCGCGCUCUUGGACGACACUACCACCACCAGCGCACAUAAAGACCAGGCCGCCGACCCAACCCACCCGUCCCGCGCCCGCCUGCGCUUCAUCCACAACGGGCGCAUCCUGCCCGACGCCUGUGUCCUCAGCGCCGUGCUCAAAGCCCCGCCCCCGCCUCCCCUGUCGCAGCAUGCGCAUGAGCACCCGGAGCGGGUGGACCGCAAGGGCAAAGCCCCCGUCGGCGCGCCGCCGCAGCAACAGAGGGUUUUUAUCAAUUGUAGUAUAGGGGAUUCACUGUCUGAGGAGGAGUUGGCGGAGGAGGAGAUAGCGGCGUCGGCACCUCCGCCUACCAUCACCACCACCACUAGCAGCAGUGCAAACUCUGUACUUCCAUCCCCCCUUUCAACACCCACUCCUCGGAAUGGCUUCGACCGGCUCCUCCAAGCCGGCCUCUCCCCCCCAGAAAUCUCCGUCCUCCGCGCCCAAUUCCGACGGAUCCACACAGCCCGCUACACCCCCGAGGACAUGCCCUCGCCCGACACGCUCCGCAGGAUGGAAGACGCCUGGCUAGACUCCAACUCCAACACCUCAACUUACCCCACCACCACCACCACCACCACCGGCACCACCACCGAGGACUGGGCUGGCGGCGAAGAUCCGGUGACAGAGGACGUGUACGGGCUGAGCGCGGUCGCGGGGCCGUUGAUACGGGGCAUGCUGAUGGGGUUCGUGUUCCCUUUGGGGGUGAUCGCGUGGGCGGGGAAGGAGGAAGGGUUGUGGAGUAGGAGGAUGCAGGUGUUUGUUGUGUUUGGGGUGCUGUUGAGUGUUUCGGUUGGGGUGGUGAGGGGGUUGACUGGGGAGGGGUAA